GAAGGAGCAUCAUUCCCUGAGCGGACGACUGAAGCUUGUGGAGGAACAGUCGGACGCGAGCGUUGCGGAGUCGCACCUCAAGAAUCUGGGGUUUUCUUCCGAUAAACAUAACAUGCAGAUCAAUGCAAGCCCUGAGGUCGUGCCGUUCCUCGAGUUGGUCGUCUUCUCGUUCGUCGUAUGCGAGAGCGAACGACGCAUGAGGAAUUACGCAGUCGUACCCGCAGCCGCAGCCUCGGACUGAUGAGAUAUCGCAGCUGGUGCAUGACACGACAUUGGACCGUCGGUCCACCCAAAGCGCCUCACGGGGAUCCAGGAGGAGCUGACGAGGUCACAUGCCCUGGCGUUUGCGUAGUAUGUUCUUGUCCAGUGGAGGCAUAGUACGGCAAGAUUGUAAUGCAAACGUUGGAAGCAGUGUUCUGGCUAGCUGUGAUGGCGCUGCGCCAAACGGAGCUGUGUGUAUCAUGAUUGGCGAGCGCUUGAGCCUGCUCUUCAGAGCGGUACUCAUAGAGAUGAAGCCUGUGCAAGUCAGCUAGUAUCCACAAACCUCCCCCGAGAUGCCGUGAUGAAUAUCAGCUGGACGUCUCGCAAACUCUUCAACUCGGGGGUGGUCGACAACGCCUCGGGUCAGAUCGUCUUCAAUAUCCACACACCUUUCAGUCUCGGGCCUCGCGUGACGACUAUCGCCGACGCGCGUGGUCAGGUUAUGGCAGAGUACAAGCACCGACUAGGCUAUGACACGGUGACGUACCAAGGCCAGACGCACCUUGUUUCGGAUUCGCUGCCAAAGGACGGCUUCCUUUCGAC